AAAAAAAUCUGGAACGAUAAAGCCUUGGCGGAGCCCCAUCCCGCUUGUUCGAAGAGAACACUGUAGUUUCUUCUGACUUUUCACAUUUUCCCCGCCGUCCCCUCUAUAUCCUCUCCCUCUCCCUCGGGCAGGACCAAACUCCUUCUCACUCCUCCCCCAACUCCACCACCACAUCGCUGCCACGAUGUAUAUCCGCCAGUCGAAGUUGCGCCAUCUCAAGGCCUACAAGUACAGUUCCGUGGACCACUCACUGGUUUCGAAGUACAUCCUGAAGCCGUUCUAUACCAACUUUUUCAUCCAUGUGUUUCCUAUGUCCAUGGCGCCGAACCUGAUAACCCUAACCGGUUUCUUCUUCGUCGUCGUCAAUUUCCUGACCCUGCUGUGGUACAACCCCACACUCGACCGUGAUUGUCCCGGGUGGGUGUAUGCCAGCUGGGGCAUCGGGCUAUUCCUGUACCAGACGUUCGAUGCGUGCGAUGGGACGCAGGCGCGGCGGACAGGGCAGAGUGGGCCGCUCGGCGAACUCUUUGACCACGGUGUAGACGCGAUCAAUACCACGCUCGGAGUGGUAAUCUUUGCGGGCACGGUGAACCUGGGACAGUCGUGGGCGACGCUGCUCACCGCGUUUGCGAGUCUGGGCGCUUUCUACCUCACUACCUGGGAGGAGUAUCAUACCGGCACGCUGUACUUGGGACUCGUCUCCGGACCCGUCGAGGGUGUGUUGACGCUUGUGGCGAUCUACCUCAUCACGGCGAUCAAGGGUGGGAGCUACUGGCAGCAGGCGCUGGUGCCGACCCUGGGUCUGCCGGCUCCCGCUUGGUUGCCCGAGGAGAUCGUGAAGCUGAGCUUUGCCAACUGGACGCUGGUGUAUGGUGGCGUUAUGCUGGCGUUCAAUGUCUUCCAGAGCUCUCAGAACGUCAUCCGCUCCCGCCGUUCCAAGGACCUACCCGUCCUCCCCGCGCUCGCCGGGCUAGCACCCUUCGCUGUUACCUGGACGUUGCUUCCACUGUGGCUCUCCCAGCGUCCAUCCAUUCUGCAGCAGCACCUGAUCCCGUUCCUCUUCUUCAUCGGGCUCUCCUUCGCGUACCAAGUGGGGCUGAUAAUCACCGCGCACCUGACCAAGUCGGAGUUUCCAUACGCCAACAUCCUCUUGUUGCCGAUGCUGUUCGGCGCCGCGGACGCAUGGGCCCCAAAGUUCGGACUCACGAGUGUACUCGGUGACGGACACUACGAAAUUGCGUACGUCUUUGCGUCCUUGGGGCUGGCAUUGGGUGUACAUGGAAGCUUUGUUGUUGAUGUCGUCACGAAUAUUUGCGAUUACCUCGAUAUCUGGUGUUUGACUAUUAAGCACCCGAAAACAGAGGAGGGGUCCGCGGCGCAGAAGAAGACGGCAUAGAACGGCUCAGAAGGAGGAAGGGGGAGUAAUUUACGACACGAUUUAAUGUGAUACGAUUUUAUGAGGGGAUUUAAUGGUGUUACGGUGCGGAGGGCUGGCUGGUUGCUUGCUUGCUUGCUUGCUUGAUUUGGUUCGGUUCGGUGGGAUGAGGUGGGAUGAGGUUCCUGGUUUUGCACAGCGCGGAGCAUACGGUACUAGUCUACCUAGCGGAGUGAAAUAUACCCCGGAUGAUUUUUCUGUUUAGAAUACCGUGCAGUGUUAGUGAUUGGUGGAGGUCUAGUAAAAACUUGUGCCUGUCAUCCAGUAAUGUAGGGAGGUAAUUCAACGAGGGGCUCCAGAGUCCACGCACACGGUGGAGUCACGGGGGAAUGCUGGGGUACUACAAGCAAGUUUAAUGCUCUUGAUGAUGGUAUCAUACCUGUCAAGUAGGU